AUGGCCACCGCCGAGUAUUUCGUCCGGGUCCUCAACCAGUCCGGGCAAACACGAAACUACAUGUUCUUCAACGAAGUCCCCGAACCGUCAUCCUCGGUUGGCAAAAUCUACACCAAUGUUUGGGUCCGGUCCCCUGGCGUGGCUUCCCCCUCCGGCAGAGCCGAGUUCGACGUCAAGGUCGCCAACUACGCCAUCUGUGGCACGGCCCCGAAACCCGUCGACUAUGGCGUGGUCGUCUCUACAAGCGAUUAUGCCGCGGUAGAGCUCAAGGGCAAGGACAAGCCCGGCACCGUGCCCGUCAUGGAAAUUGUCAAUGACGGCCCGCAGUUUGUCGCGCCUUUUGGGACCACCGACAAGGACAAUUCGUUUGGCAUCCAGACCAAGACAUUCGACCCGGACAGAUAUAGCACCGUCUACUGUGGUUUUGGCAAGCAGAACUCAAAGGGCGACGUCGUUCCCGUCGCCGUUUGGCGCGGCUUUCCUGGCUUGCAAUACGUGCUCACGCCCCAGGUCACCUACUAUGUUGGGACCGGAGACUACUCGCCAGGCACGGCCGUCGACAUCACCACCAUCGGCACGAUCUCGACCAUCGACUUCACCAAGGCCCUGUCCGGCCAAACCAUUGCCACCAUCACCCACAACAAAGACGGGACUUACUCUGGCCCUGUCUUUGACUACCCCCCCAAGGCGAAGCCAUACGUCUAAGCCGCCCUCAGAGUCUCGGCAGAGCUCACUCAAGGGAACGCCGGCUCGGACACCAGUUUCGGAUGUCUGUAGCCUGCUGACUCCCACUGCUUUUCUCUCACGGUCAUGGAUUUGAAUCAUGACCAUUCAUUAACUUGACGUUUGGAUCAGGGAGGGCAAUAUGGC